UGGGAGAAUGGCAGGAUGUACUGUUCCCUCUUCCUGCUCAUCCUCAAGGAUCAGAGAUCCUUGGAUCUCUGCCUGGAUGAUGCAGCACCCAAAAUCCUCACUAAACCGUGUGAGGCUGGAGCCUGUGGUCAUGUACUCACAGUAUCUGUUUGCUGCAGUGAGUUUUACCUUGUCCUUCACAGACUUGUUGCCAAAACUUCCCUGACUUCGCCCCCGUGGCCUGAAGUGAAACUUCCAGAUCCGGUGGAAGAAGCCAAAUAUCAUGCAGAAGUGGUGCGGAAGGUGAACGGGCUGAUCUCUGCGGGGCAAUAUGGGCGGCUCUUCGCCGUCGUCCACUUCGCCAGCAAGCAGUGGAAAAUCACCAAUGAAGACCUGAUCAUGAUGGACAAUGUCCUGGAGGCUGAGUGUGGGGAUCGAAUCCGGAUGGAAAAGGUUUUGCUGGUUGGUGCUGACGACUUCACGCUCAUUGGAAGGCCGCUGCUGGGGAAGGACCUGGUCCGUGUGGAGGCCACAGUGAUUGAGAAGACGGAGUCGUGGCCCAAAGUCAACCUGCGCUUCUGGAGGAGGCACAACUACCAGAGGAAGAAAAUCAUUGCAAACCCCCAGACCGUCCUGCGGAUCAACACCAUCGAAAUCUACCCCUGCUUGUCCUGACUGGGGGGUGUGCCUGGGAAUCUUUGUUGCUCCAGGCAAUUGUGGAAAUAAAACUGCCUCGGCACUGGAAAGUUCUGGACUUGUUGCUGUGGUGGGAAAUGGAAACCUCUAUUGUGCUUUCUUUUUAAAAUAAUGAAAUAUUUUUUAAACUGUU